CUCUUCUGCUGCUCGUCCCGCCUGCAUGCCGCCCUGCACUGCACCACCUUGCACCACCUCGCAAAAGACCUUGCAAAAGCUCUCAUCAGUCCAGUCAAUCCAGUCGCUUCUGCUGCGUCCGCAUACUAGUAUCCAUUCUUACCGCCCUCUUGCUUCGCUGCUCUGCCCAAUAUCCGUCCAGAACCUUCCACCUACCAGACCUGCAGAACAUCACCGCCUUCGCGAUAGGACCUGCGAAAUCUACCAGACUUUCCCUCUGCUGUCCUGCAACCCCAGGCGUUUUCAAAAAGCACACCGACGGAGUCUCCAAAGCCCCGCGGCACAACCCCUCCUCAGCCCCCCUCCCCAAACCCCCCAGUCCAACAGACAAGAUAGGGAAAAGAAUGUUCGGGCUAUUCGGCUCUUCCAAGGCCCCGGAGAAGGAUGACUCCAAGGACCUGCAGGCAAAGGUCGACGAGCUCACCGAGGAGCUGUCAACGGUCAAGGAGGAGGUGGCCACGCGCGAUGCCGACAUCGAGACCCUGAAGGAGCGUGCCGACGAGCUGUCGGCCGCCAAGGCUGCCGUCGAAAAGGAAAAGGCCGACCUCGAGGCUGGCGUAAAGGCCGCCUCGAGCACCGCCGAGUCCCGCGAGUCCCAGAUCAAGACCCUGACUGCCCAGGUUGAGGAGCUCACCAAGCAGAAGGCUGAGGUCGAGAAGCAGCUGAUCGACGCCCAGGCGGCCAAGGAGGCCGCCGAGAAGGAGUCGCAAGCCAAAAUCGAUGCCCUCGAGCAGGCCCAGGCCCAGCUCAGCGCCGAGGUUGAGAAGCUCAAGGCCGACGUGGCAGACGUCUCGUCCAAGCACGAGACCGCCCAGAGCACCAUCUCGUCCCUCCGCGAGGAGCAGACCAAGCUCGUUGACGAGUCCAACAGUGCCAAGGAGACGCUCAAGACGGAGCUCGAUGCCAAGAUCGUGGCCUUGACCUCUGAUCUUGAGGCCGCCAAGGCCGAGGUCGCGAGUGCCACUGGUGAUGCCUCGGCUAACCAGACCAAGCUGGAGGAGCAAGUCAAGAGCCUGACGGCUGAGCUUGAGGCUGCCAAGGCGGACGCCCAGGCCGCCUCGGCAAAGAGCGAGGAGGCCGCCGCCGCCGCCGCCGCCCAGGCAGAGAAGCUGCAAGAAGAGGCCAGCGCACAGCAAAAGUCUACUGCUGCCGCCGCCGAGGAGGCCGCCGCGAAGCUCGAGGCCAAGUCCACGGAGCUGGAGGAGCUGCGUGCCAAGCUCGGCUCGGCCGACAGCGGUGCUGCCGAGACGCAGGCUAGCCUCGAGAAGGCCAAUGCCGAUCUCGCUGCCAAGACUGAAGAGCUUUCCAGCACCAACUCUGCCCUCGAGGCCGAGAAGGCGGCCCAUGCCGAGACCAAGACGGCUCUGGAUGCCGAGAAGGCCGCCAGCGCCGAAGCUCAGCAGGCCCUCGAGGCGGAGAAGGCCGCCAGUGCCGAAGCUCAACAGGCCCUCGAGGCGGAGAAGGCAUCUAUCGCCGAGCUGAAGGCGGCUCUUGAUGCUGAGAAGGCCAAGAGCGCAGAGGCCCAGCAGGCUCUUGAGGCCGAGAAGGCUGCUGUGGCCGAGGCCAAGGCGGCCCUCGAGUCGGAGCAGAGCGCACAUGCCGAGACCAAGGCGGCCCUCGAGUCGGAGACGGGCGCACACAACGAGUCCAAGAGUGCCCUGGAAGCCGCCAACGCCUCGGGCUCCGACUCGGCCCAGGCCAUCGAGGCCGAGAAGGCCGCUACGGCCGAGGCCCAGAAGGCUUUGGAGGCGGAGCAGGCGGCACACGCCGAGACCAAGAAGCAAGUCGAGGCUGGCGCUUCGUCGCAGGCCGAGUCUGCCAAGGCGCUCGAGGAGGAGCAGAAGGAGCACGCCGAGACCAAGCAGAAGCUCGAGAAGGAGUCUGCGGCCGUCGGCAUAGCUAAGAAUGUGAUCGAGUCGACGCAGGCCAAGGUGUCAAGCCUUGAGGGUCUUCUGGCCGAAUCGCAGGCGUCGGCAGCGCUGGCUGCCGACGUGCAGGUCAAGCUGCAGAAGGUGGAGGAUGAGGCCAAGUUGCUCAACGAUCGUCUCACCGAGACCGAGGCCAAGGCGCAGGACCUCAGCGCCAAGCUCGAGGAGGCGCAGGGCCAGACCAAGACGGCCGAGAGCAGGACGUCGGAGCUCGAGGCCAAGCUGAAGGAGCUUUCGGUCGCUGCCGAGGCGUCGGCCGAGCCCAAGGCCGAGUAAGAUUAAUGAUUGUGUUUUGAUUCCCGGGAUUUCCUUCUUACGAUUCUAUCACAAUGUGGUGGAGAGGCAUGAGCACACGCAUACAUGUAAUGAGGUAGUCACUUGCGUAUGACCCUGCGCAUUGCUAGCACUAGAUACCCCAUCCCCCUACCCCCUUUUUUAUCACGGCUUCCUCAUGGUAUAAUGGUACAACUAGACUGCAUUGGUUACGAUACGAUCACUCGAUUCGUC